CGGCGCUCUAGCCCGCGGCGCGGGAGCCCGCGUCUCGCUGGCGUGACGCACUUCCGGGGCGCGGCCGGCGGCAACAUGGCUGCUCCCAUGGAAGUGGCCGUGUGUACGGACUCGGCGGCCCAGCUGUGGAGCUGCGUGGUGUGGGAGCUGCAUUCGGGCGCCAACCUGCUCACGUACCGCGGCGGCCAGGCCGGACCCCGCGGCCUGGCGCUGCUCAAUGGCGAGUACCUGCUGGCGGCGCAGCUGGGCAAGAACUACAUCAGCGCCUGGGAGCUGCAGCGGAAGGACCAGCUCCAGCAGAAGAUCAUGUGUCCUGGGCCUGUCACCUGUCUGACCACGUCCCCCAAUGGCCUCUAUGUUCUGGCGGGGAUUGCGGAGAGCAUCUACCUGUGGGAGGUCUCCACAGGGAACCUUCUGGUCAUCCUGAGCCGCCACUACCAGGACGUGUCGUGCCUGCAGUUCACGGGGGACAGCAGCCACUUCCUUUCGGGGGGCAAGGACUGCCUGGUGCUAGUGUGGGGCCUGUGCAGUGUGCUGCAGGCAGACCCCUCCAGGACCCCGUCCCCCCGGCACGUCUGGUCUCGCCACACCCUGCCCAUCACGGACCUGCACUGUGGCUUUGGGGGACCCCUGGCCCGGGUAGCCUCCUCCUCCCUGGACCAGACAGUGAAGCUGUGGGAGAUCUCGUCGGGCGAUCUAUUGCUGUCCGUGCUUUUCGACGUGGGCAUCAUGGCCGUGACCAUGGACCUAGCUGAGUACCACGUGUUCUGCGGCGGCAGUGAUGGCUCCAUCUUCCAGGUGGAUCUCUGCACCUGGCCUGGGCAGAAAGAGAAGAGUUUCCAGCCGGAGCAGGACAGCGGGAAGGUGUUCAGAGGGCACAGGAACCAGGUGACCUGUCUGUCUGUGUCCACCGACGGCAGCGUGCUGCUCUCGGGCUCCCAUGACGAGACCGUGCGCCUAUGGGACACCCAGAGCAAGCAGUGCAUCAGGACCGUGACCCUCAAAGGCCCCGUGACCAACGCCGCCAUCAUGCUGGCACCGGUCAGCAUGCUGAGCUCGGACUUCCGGCCGGGCCUGCCCCUGCCGCACUUCAACAGGCACCUGCUGGGCGCCGAGCAUGGGGACGAGCCCCACCGCGGGGGCUUCACGCUGCGCCUUGGCCUCCACCAGCAGGGCUUGGAGCCCAGCCACUUGGAGCGGGCGGAGCAGCUACACGCGGUGAUGAGCAGCACGAUGGAGAAGAGCGUCCUGGGCGGCCAGGACCAGCUGCGGGUCCGUGUGGCCGAGCUGGAGGACGAGGUGCGGAACCUGCGCAAAGUCAACCGCGACCUGUUCGACUUCUCCACGCGCGUCAUCACGCGCCCGGCCAAGUGAGCCGCGCUGGGAGCGCUUGCCCCGCAAGGGGCCGUGCUCCCGGGGCUCGGCCGCCCUGCUCCGCGGGGCCUUUUGGUGCUGUUCUGUUUUUAACAAAAGGACUAAAAGCGCCUUUUCUCUGGGCUCCUCUCUGUGCCAGGGGGCGGCCCCCGCGCUCACCAGGACCUGUGGCAGGUCCCUGAAGCCACGGUUCUCAGACUUCCAGACCCUUGUCGACUGCCCCAGGGCCAUGGCUCCCCUGGGAGGGCCGGGCCACGCUCGGUGGGAGGGAUGCUGGGGGUGCGCUUUCUGGGGGUGCGCGCGGUUCAGAGAGCGCAGUGUGGUCCUCCCGUUCCUCCAGUAGCCUCCCCCGAGUCCCCCCACCCUGAGUCGGGGCAGCUGGCUCGCAGGUGGACGGUCCUGGGCCAGGGUCCUCCAGAGGGACGCGUGCCCACCCCGCUCAGCGACAGUGUUUCUUGUUGGCACAAAAGUUCGGAGGGAGGCCAGGUGUCCGUACUGCGCUAGGGACGUGACCCGCAGCCAGCCAGUCCCUGGAGCCCAGCCCAGACACAUGGGCCCCAGCAAUCCUUGGAACCUUCCAGAACGCUGUCCCUGACUAGCAGCUUGGCUUAAUGAUCCAGAAAAUCCGUGUGGUCGCAGCUGCAGCCAGAGCUGGUCCACGCUGGGUUUGAGCUCUCAGGCCCUGCACCCCAGCCCGUGGUCCAGCCGCACAGCAGCCGAGGUGGGGCCUGAGGGGCCUGCCCUCCCCGAGCCAGGGGAGGGGUCUUGCUGGCUAACAGGGCCAUGAUGCCAAAAGCCCCACCACACACGGAGCAUCCUCCCAAGGCCAGGUUGGGGAUGGGGUCACAGCAGCAAGGAGCCGGCCGGGUCCUGGCCGUGCCAGCCCAGACGGCUGGGGGCUUGGCGCUCCGUUCCCCGCCCCAGAGCAUGGGGGCCUGCCUGUUCCCCUCUGCUGGCAGGGCUCCGUCCUCAUGGCUUGGUGUCCAGGUCUGGAAGGUAGGGGAGGGUUUCAGGUGUGGCUGAGACUGGCUCCCCGAUCCCCCCCGGUGCCUGUGGCCUCAGCUGCCCACGCGGCUUCCAUCAUUAAACGUUUUGGUAGGA